AUCACCUACUUGGUCUUUAAGAGGAUUAGGCAGAAGAUUCUAAGACUCUUUGUUUAUUCAGAGAUUGUCAUCACUUCGUUUAGGAUUCAAGGACCAGUCAGGUUUGCAAACAAAUAAUAAUUUAUUUUACAAACAAUUUAAGACUUGACAAAUGGUUUAAACUAUUUACUGUGAGUGGAUGUGAACUAAGAGAUGGGUGUCUGGAACUAGGUGUGAAUAAAGUAUUUCAGAGUCGGUAUCAUGAGAAAGCUGAAUCCUGAAUGGAGGAAAUUUGGUUUGCAAGUAAGCUACAAGCUGUUGUUUAUCAAACUGCAUACAGAUGCUAUCUCGCUGUGUUCUAUGUACCCAAGUGGAGGCGCCCUUGUGGAUCCGAAAUGUCAGGGGGGUUGGAGACCCCGAGUACAGAAGUCCGUAGACUAACUCCUAGUAUGACCAGGUCGGUCCAGGAUCGCUUCCAGGUAACACAGGUGGACUGGAUGGAACCAAGCGUCUCAAAACAACUCUGAAGGAGUGUCGCAAAAUCAGCUUUGUUCCGCAGGGAAAAUAUCUUGUUGUCCUCAGCUUUGCGGGUGCAAAAGUUUAAGGUUUUGACUAUGUCAAAAUCCUUCUGGUGAAAGAGGCUUGCUCAGACGGCCAUUCUGAGCGUCUCUCUCUCUGUCUGUCUGACUUACUGAGACUGAGAGUGAAGCUCUGUUUAAGGCCUGGUGUUAUCUCAGAAGUUGCCAAGCAUCUCAGAACACAGUCUCCGAUUCUGAACUCUGAAAUGUGGGACAAGGUUACUUAUGUGUCAUGUCUUUAUCUUAGCCUUACUCUGUCUGCAAUUGUGAAGACCUAAUCCAGUAAACAUACUUAGUAUCAUUGAAACAGAUUAAUGAAACAUUUCAUCAUUUAUAAUUAUACAUGGCAAUAUUUAGUGAUUAUUAAUUAUAAAAUCUCAGUUAUAAGAUCUUCUUUUCUUCAAUGAUAAUUUUAAUUAUAAAAUGAUUACUUUUAUUUAUGAAAUCUUCUUUUCUUCUGGGAAUAAAAGUUUAUCUAACAGAGUUCUCUUGUGGAGGAUCCUGGAAAAGAAUGCUACUGUCAUCUUUCAUUAUCUGAUGAAGCUUCAGUUCAGCUGAUGAAGUCAUCUUAUUAAAGAGCCUGCUUGCAGACAUUCCAUCUCCUGUCAGGGUAAAAUAUAGCAGAACAUGUGUAGCCAGGGUUAUUUGCUCUGGCCGUGCAUAUGAACUGUGGGAUCUCAAAAUCAGUCCAUUUGGUGAUGUUACAGUUGUAAUUAUGUCAGAAUUACUCUGGUGACACAUUUCCACGAUAGCCCUCACUGCCGUUCCAAAGCUAUGAUCUAAAACUCUGACAAAGUAGGAUUUGCAUCUUUAGGCCUUGGGGGAUGACCUCCAUUUCUCUGCAUCAGCUCCACUGACAAGCAUGAUGUAGGUGAAAAAUGUAGCCUUUGGUUGUACAAAAAGGGAGUGUUCCACUCGGGAUAAUGGGGUGUGAAUUCCCUCAAGCCCUUUCAAAACUUCACUUGUCAAACUUAUGUGACAUCUUUAGGCUUUUGUCCUGAAAAAAGCCCUUAAAUGGUCUUUCACUCAUCCCCCAGAGUCAUAGGUGAGAGCCCAAACCUUUACAGAAAACAGAAUGGUUAGGUUGGGUUGAGGUGCAACACUUUGUCACCAUGCAGCUCACUUAGCUCGGUUUUUACAACACAAAGGAGAAAACAAAGUGAAGGAGGUGGGGAAAAAAACUGCUGGGCUGGCAGACAAGGGUAUGUCACAGUUUCUGAAUGGACAUCCCCAAGUCACACACAGUCGUCCUUCCACCAUCAACACAUGCUCCUUCCUCGUGGUUCAGCUGGGGUGCAAGGUGUCGCUUUGAUUUAACUGAACAGCUCGACACCAAUCAGGACUGGCUGCAGCAUUGAUUGCUUCAGAGUCAAGAUCAAGACCCAAACUACACCUGGCUGCAGGAAAACUCCUCACCUCUCUACAAAAGUAGGUUGAGCAGGAAAAUGGCACUCGCACAAAAGCUUCUCCUUGUUUUGUGUCUGGUGGGUCUCGUCCUCAGCCAGGACGUGCCUUAUGAGGAACUCCUGGCCCAGAUCCAAGCCUGCCCUAAGGAGUGCACCUGCCCCCAAAACUUCCCCCGUGCGGUCUACUGUGACAAUAAGGGCCUGACGAGCAUCCCCAGGAUCCCUCCCUUCACGAGGUACCUCUAUCUGCAGAACAAUAUGAUUGAAUCCCUGCCUGCAAAUGUGCUGGAGAAUGCAACGCAGCUACACUGGGUGAACCUGAGUGGAAACAAAAUCAAGAACGAAGGGAUUGGAGAAGGCGUUCUGGGUGCGUUGACACGGCUGGUACACCUGUACAUGGACGACAACCUCCUGUCUUCUGUGCCAUCUCCACUCCCGGCCAGCCUCGAGCAUCUACGUCUCUCCCGCAAUCGCAUCUCCAAGAUUCCCACCGGGGUAUUUGCUGGUCUGGAUAAGCUAAAUCUCCUGGACCUCCAGGGGAACAAGCUGAUGGAUGAUUCUGUGACUGAGGUGAGCCUAAAGGGUCUCAACAACCUGGUGCAGAUUAAUCUAGCCAAGAACCAGCUGAGUCGCAUGCCCCUCGGACUGCCACCCACCACCACCCAGCUCUUCCUUGACGGCAACAACAUUGAGAAGAUCCCAGCUGACUACUUCAAGGGUUUGCCCAAAGUGGCAUUCCUGAGGCUCAACCACAACAAGCUUGGCAGCAGUGGAGUUCCCAAUGAUGUUUUCAACAUUUCCAGCAUUCUGGACCUGCAGCUGUCUCACAAUCAGCUGACUGAGGUUCCCAUCAUCCCCUCAGGCCUUGAACACCUCCACCUGGACCACAACAAAAUCACAAGUGUGAAUGGUGCCAACAUCUGUCCCGUCUCGGCCGACUCUCUGGGCGACUCCGUGAAUGAAAGCUCACCUCGUCUGCGUUACCUCCGACUGGACGGGAACGGUAUCAACCCACCGAUUCCCAGAGAUGUCCUCGUGUGCUUCGGUCUCCUUAGAUCUAUUGUCAUCUAAGCACAAAAAAAUCAGCAACAUUUAAAAUUCUUUUUUCUUACAAUUAUCAAUCUGACCUGGACAGCGAUUUGGAGGAAACCAAAAAAGCCGCACAUUUUUGCAUGUUUUUGAAGAUGGAUGGAUAGCAUCCACUCAUUUCUUCCUUUCAUCAUUAAACAAGUUUUUUUUUGUCAAAUUUGAGUGAAAUCUACUUUUAUAAGUCAGAACUUUAAUUCUGACAAUUUUCUGUCAUAUAGUUGUGCCUUAUGUUGCUAUGAACACCUUCCUGUAGAGUUCUGAACCAAAAGGAGUUACACUUUAGGAUGUGAAUACAUUAGGAAUGUUUAUUAUAAUGACUGAAUUGAUUUUGCUCUUUUGAACUUUUGCAAUUUGUCUUUGACUACUUCGCAUUUGUAGGCUUGAAGCCAAACAAACGAUUCUUGUGUGCUAGAUUUCUCGUUGUUUUUGAUUCUUCUUUACUUUUUAAAACAGAAUUUCCUCAGAGAAAAACACGUACUGUAGGUAAUUUGUUUUUAUUUAACGUGGUGGAAAUUACGCAGAAACUAUCCUUGGCCAGCAUUCCUUAAUAUUUUAUACACAGAAAAUGAUUAACACUUGCCAACACACUUUUUAAUUAUGAUAAGUGUUUUUGUCUGAAUUAAAUGAGCAGGAGAUUCAGAGUUAAACUGUCUGUAAUGAGAAUAAAACCUCUGAAUGAAAAUGUA